GGCUUAGAAAAUUGUAAACAAGAACUCAAAACCCUAUAAACCCUAAAAAAUCCCACUCUCCUCCAUUUUUUCGGCGACUCACCACGGCGGAGACAUCACCGGAACCCGUCACAUUUAGCUGCGCUUUAACCUAAUAUUAAAAAUGGAUUCUACGCAGGAGCUAUCCAAGGACUUGGAUUCUAAAGUGAAGAAGUAUCUUAGAGGAGAUGGCGCUAAUUUAGAGGUUUUGAAAGAUAAAAAACUGAGGGGUCAGCUCUCUGUUAGAGAACAACUGUACGGAAAAUCUGCUAAAACUGCUGCUAAAACAGAGAAGUGGCUCUUGCCAAGUGCAGGAGGGUAUCUUGAAGGUGAAGGGAUUGAGAAGACAUGGAGAUUAAAACAAGAGAAUAUACUGCCUGAAAUUGAUAUCUCAAGCGCAAAGAAUCUUCAUGACAUUAAAUUACCAGAUUUUGGCCCGUACACUCUUGAUUUCACACCAAGUGGAAGGUAUAUGGUCCUUGCUGGGAGUAAGGGUCACCUUGGAGUUCUAGACAUGAACAAUAUGAGGCUAACUAAAGAGAUGCAGGUUAGGGAAAAAGUGCGUGAUGUGGUGUUUUUGCACAAUGAACUCUUCUUUGCUACUGCUCAGAAAAAGUACCCAUUUAUUUAUAACAGGGAUGGCGUUGAGAUUCAUUGUUUAAAGGAACACGGUGCAGUUUCAAGGCUUCAGUUUCUGGAAAACCAUUUUCUCUUGGCAUCAAUAAACAAUCUUGGGGAGCUCCGUUACCAAGAUGUUACCAUGGGUGAGAUGGUUGGCAAUAUCCAGACACAUUCAGGCCGUACUGAUGUAAUGCAGGUUAAUCCCUUUAAUGGGGUUGUUGCUUUGGGUACUAGAGGAGGUACAGUCAGCAUGUGGAAACCCACCAGUCAAGCUCCUUUAGUCAGAAUACAGUCUCAUGUAGGUCCUAUCUUAGCUAUGGCGUUCCACCCUAAUGGCCAUCUCAUGGCUACAUCGGGCAAGGAAAAGAAAAUUAAGAUUUGGGAUUUGAGAACAUUCAAGACUCUCCAAACCCUACCAGGCCGUGCAAUAAGCUUAGAUUUCAGUCAGAAGGGGUUGCUAGCAACUGGAACUGGGUCAUUUGUUCAGAUUCUUAGAGAUUCCUCGGAAUCACAGGGCUACAGCCGAUAUAUGCACCAUUCUAUGGCAAAAGGUUACCAGAUAGGCAAACUGUUGUUUAGGCCAUAUGAAGAUGCUUUAGGCAUAGGGCAUUCCAUGGGAUGGUCUUCCAUUGUUACCCCGGGAUCUGGGGAACCCAACUUCGAUACUUGGUUAGCUAACCCAUUUGAAACAUCUAAACAGCGUGGUGAGAAGGAAAUUCGGUCUCUUCUUGACAAGCUCCCUCCAGAGACGAUAAUGCUGGACCCUUCGAAGAUUGGCACAGUAAGAGCGGCAAAGAAAAAACGUAAAGCAACAAAGCAAGAAAUAGAAGCAGAGGUGGAAGCUGCUGUAGAAGAUGUUAAAGGCAGGAGACUGAAAAACAAAACAAAGGGAAGGAGUAAGGCCAGUAACAAACUAAAGAAGAGAAAUGAGCUUAUUCACAAAGCCAAAACGCGUUUCUUCGAUCAAAGUGAAGAAAAUUCCGCCAAAAGGAGGCAAAAAGUUAGCGAGGAUAGUGCAUCAUUGCCCGUGGCGUUGCAGAGAUUUACCGGCAACAAACCAUCAGCUUGAUUGUCUAUUUUUGUUCGAUUAAAGUGGCUUUUAAAAUAGUUUCCAAUUUAGAUUUGGUUCGCAUUUCUUUGGGAGGUAGGAUCUUUCUUUCUUAGUUUACAAUAUAAAGUUUGUUGGGCAUGCACGCCUGAUUCUUAAACUAGGCAAUUUUGAAAGGAAAAACCAAUUCUGGCAUCUUGUAUUAUAGUAUUUAAUUUCACUUAACUUCUCAAUAUUAAUUUUACCUGUAGUAGUUAUUUUCA